AUGGUUUGGGUGGGUGUGGGGGGGGGGGGGGGGGGGGGGGGGGGGGGGGGGGGGGGGGUGGUGGGGUGGGGGGGGGGGUGGGGGGGGGUGGGGGGGGGGGGGGGGGGGGGGGGGGGGGGGGGGGGGGGGGGGGGGGGGGGGGGGGGGGGGGGGGGGGGGGGGGGAUGUUUGUUUUGUGUGUUGUUUGUUUGGUGGUUGGUGAGAAUGGAUGGUGUUGAGGUAUUGAUUACAGGUGGUGUGUGGAGAUAA